GGCCUUGGAGAAGAUAUAUUCCAAUUCUCACCAACUCCUCUUAACCCCACCACCACAAAGAAAAAAAAACAGAGCAGAAAAACAGAGAAAUUUCUCAUUCUCAUCUCAUUUCAUUUCAAUCCAACGAAGAAACUUUCAUUUCUCUCUUUCUCUCCGGCUUUUCUAAGACCCCUUUAACUUACUUUCUUUUUUCCGGUCAUAAAUGUCAUCGUCUCCGGCAUCUCCAUCCUCACCGGAAAACUCCAUCUCAGAAGCAGAGAAACUAAUCCACAGAUACGAUGGUGAUGAACAGAUGAUUUUCUGUCACGGUGAUCACCGUCAAGAAGCUGAUAACUACUUACAAGCUGUGGAUGAGAUUCAACGGAGUUUAGAGUCAUGUACUGUUGGUUCAUCUCCCUCCGGUGACCGGAAUAAGUUGAAGGCUUCAAUCGAGAUAGCCAUGGCUAGAUUAGAAGAUGAGUUCAAGAACUUAUUGAAUACCCAUACUAAGUUCAUCGAAACCGAUUGGUUAAUCGAUUUGAACUCAUCGAUAAAUUCGAGAAACAGUAUCAGUUCCAGAAGAGGAGUUGGUGAAGAAUUUACAGACGAUCCUCAAGACUAUUCAGAGGAAUUCGAGUUGCAGAACAGUUUGAGUUUCGAUUCAGGUAACGGAGAGCCUGAGGUUGGAGAAUCCGGUAGUCAUUCAAGGACAGGAAGUAGAAGUAGUACUAGUUAUCGAUCGACUAGUAGUAUCCGUGAAAUUGAUUUGAUUCCUGCUGAAGCGAUUAACGAUCUUCGGAGCAUCGCGGAGAGGAUGAUUAGUGCUGGAUAUUUCAGAGAAUGUUUGCAAGUGUAUACAGGAAUAAGGAAAUUAGCUAUUGAAUCGAAUUUCCAUCACCUGAAGGUUGAGAAUUUGAGUAUUGGCGAAGUGCAGAGAUUGAAAUGGGAAGUUGUUGAAGACAAGAUUAAGAGAUGGAUUCGAGCGGCCAACAUCUGUGUCCGGAUUCUGUUUGCGAGUGAGAAGAAAUUGUGUGAGCAGAUUUUUGAAGGGUUUGAAGGAGAGGAUUGUGAUGCAGGUGAGGCUUGUUUUUAUGAGACUGUCAAAGGGUUUGCUGUUCAGGUACUGAAUUUUGCAGAUGCUGUGAGUAUUGGUGACAGGACGCCUCAUAAGCUGUUUAAGAUUCUUGAUUUGCAUGAUUCAUUGUCGAAGCUGAUACCGGAUAUUGAAGAGGUGUUUGAUUCGGAGCUAUCCGAGGGUAUUGCGGUUCAUGCUAGUGAGAUUCUUGCAAGAUUGGCUGAUGCUGCAAGAGGGAUGUUGAUUGAAUUUGAGAAUUUGGUGAUUCGGGAGCCUUCGCAGAUUCCAGUACCUGGUGGCACAAUUCAUCCCCUGACUAGGUAUGUCAUGAAUUAUAUCAGUUUGAUUUCUGAUUACAAAGAAACACUAGUUGAAUUGAUUGUGUCGAAGCCGGUUAUAGUGUUAGUUCCGUCUGACCCAAUAGCAUCUGAAAUGGAGUUACAGGAUAGUGAUAAUAAGUCACCAUUAGCACUUCAUUUGGUUUGGAUUAUAUUGAAUUUGCAUCAUAAUUUAGAUGUGAAAUCUCAAUAUUACAAAGACCCGUCGCUGCCGCCUUUGUUUCUCAUGAACAAUAUACGUUACAUUGUGACUAAAGUUAAGAAAGGGUCUGCGGAACUUCAAGAAAUGAUUGGUGAUAGUUACUUAAAGAAGCUGUCAGGGAAAGUUAGGCAAUCGGCUUUGGCUUACCAAAGAUCGACUUUGGGAAGGCUUCUAGAUUGUUUGCGAGACGAAGGGUUACAUGUAACUGGAAGCUUCUCAUCCGGUGUUUCCAAGACGUUGUUAAGAGAAAGGUUCAAGAGUUUCAAUGCCCUCUUCGGUGAUGUUCACCGAAGCCAAGUCACAUGGUCUGUACCAGAUUUGCAGCUUCGUGAGGAACUUCGAAUAGCAUUGUCUGAGACAUUGAUUCCAGCUUAUCGAUCUUUUUUGGGUCGGUUUAGAGGACAGAUUGAGAAUGGGAGACACCCAGAGUUGUACAUCAAGUAUUCAGUAGAAGAUAUUGAGAAUGCUGUCCUGGAUUUCUUCGAAUCACACCAAAAUUCCUUACAGUCUAAGAGAAGUAGAUGAAAUUUGACUUCCGGAGUUGCAAAUUCCGAGUUAGAAUUGUAUAUGAAAUUCUUUACAUUUUUUCCCUAAAUGGAUUAUUUAGGUAGUUUGCGCUCAGGUUUGAGCUGUUUUUUCAUUCUUGAAUUUCCAAGCGAACGGCUUUAUUGUAUUCGAACCCGGAGAUGAUUAUCUGCAGGUUGAGAGCAAUCUAGUGUAACUGGGAAGUUGAAGGAUGGUUUUGUGGCUCUACAAAUUCUGAAGAUUUUACAUCCCACACCCACAAUUCUGUAAGCAAUUUUCUUAAAUUCUUCGUGUAUGUUUGAUAUUAUCAUAGGAUUUGUUUGAUUUGUUCAUAUGGUUUUCUUGCAAUCAGCACUGCUAUUUCUUGCAA